AUGAGUCGAGGAAGUGGAGGCGGCUACGAUCGUCACAUAACGAUCUUCUCUCCCGAAGGUCGUCUCUUCCAAGUGGAGUACGCUUUCAAAGCCGUUAAGGCUAGCGGAAUCACCUCCAUUGGUGUGCGCGGAAAUGACUCUGUUUGUGUAGUUACUCAGAAGAAAGUUCCGGACAAGCUUUUGGAUCAGUCAAGCGUGACACAUUUGUUUCCCAUUACUAAGUAUCUUGGACUAUUGGCUACCGGAAUGACAGCUGAUUCAAGGACCUUGGUCCAACAAGCCAGGAAUGAAGCUGCUGAGUUCCGUUUUAAAUAUGGAUAUGAAAUGCCUGUUGACAUAUUGGCCAAAUGGAUUGCAGACAAGUCUCAGGUUUAUACACAGCAUGCAUAUAUGAGACCCCUUGGAAUAGUUGCAAUGAUAUUGGGUAUUGAUGAGGAGAAAGGACCUCAGCUCUUUAAAUGUGACCCUGCUGGCCAUUUUUAUGGUCAUAAGGCAACAAGUGCCGGAUCGAAAGAACAAGAGGCAAUUAACUUUUUGGAAAAGAAGAUGAAAAAUGACGUUUCAUUUUCCUAUGAGGAAACUGUGCAGACAGCAAUUUCUGCUCUGCAAUCUGUUCUACAGGAGGAUUUCAAGGCCAGCGAGAUUGAGGUGGGUGUCGUGAGGAAAGAAGAUCCGGUCUUCAAAGUUUUGUCGACUGAGGAAAUCGAUGAGCACCUGACUGCCAUUAGUGAGCGCGACUGA